AUGCAGCUCACACAGGUAUUACCCCUCAACCAACUUUACACAUCUGUAUUCCCUAACAAGCCAAUCCAGCUCCUAACCCUGACCACCCUCUUCACCGGUGUCUUUGCCAUCCCAACCCCCAACGAAAAGCGCGCCUGUGCCUACACUUGUGGCACAAUCUGCUACACCAGCAGCGCCGUCUCCGCCGCCCUGGCCGCUGGGUAUAAGCUUGAGGCCAACGGCCAGGCCGACGACUCAUACCCCCACGUCUACCACAACUACGAGGGCUUCAGCUUCCCCGUCUCCGGGACAUACUACGAGUUCCCUAUCCUCAAAGGCGGCAGUGUGUAUGAUGGUGGCUCGCCCGGCGCAGACCGUGUUAUCUUUAACGGUAACGAUCAGCUUGCUGGUGUGAUUACCCAUACUGGGGCCAGUGGUGAUGAUUUUGUUUCUUGCUAG